AGGUCUCCCUCUGAUACUGCCAAGUCAGGAGCAGCCAACUGCUACUACUGUCUUGAAAGAUACCUCCUUCAUUGACUGGAAGAAAUACCACUUGUGCAUGAUGCCCAGUUUGGAUUGCAAUUUGGAUAAAGAUUUGGUGCUUCCAGAUGUGAGUUAUCAGGUGGCAUCCAGUGAGGAGGAUCAGUUUCAGAAUAUGGACCUGGAGGGACAAACUCUGCUGCUUUUUCUUUUUGUGGAUUUCCACAGCCAAUUUCCAGUCCAGCAAAUGGAACUCUGGGGAGUCCACACUUUGCUCACCACUUGUUUCAGUGCCAUCCUCAUGGAGAGCCACAGCGUGGUGCAAGAUUCUGUCCAGGGUGCCGUGGAUCAGGCCUUGGAGCAGUAUCACCAGGCUGCGAAGGCUCAUCAGAAACUGCAGGCCUCGCUCUCAGUGGCUGUGAAUUCCAUCAUGAGUAUUGUGACUGGAAGCACCAGCAGCAGCUUCCGAACAGUCUGUCUCCAGGCCCUUCAAGCAGCUGACACACAGGAGUUUGGGAUCAAACUGCACAAAUCAUUUUAUGAGAUUACCCAGCCCCGAUUUCUUCAUCAUUGCUCAUGUGAGGUAAAGCAGCUGAUCCCAGAGAAAAAUGAUGCAGAGCAGAGCACAGAGGAUGCACAUGAGCAGAGCAGCCUGGAGCUCCUUGCAGGGGCCAGCAGGCAAGUAGGAAGCAAGAGGCUUAAGAGCGGCAGCCUCUGCCAGGGCGUGGAGAAGACGCGGGCUUGCCACACGGCCAGGGCCCCGAGACAGUCACAGGCCAUCCCGCGCCCCGCAGAGCCCACCGUGCCCUCCCUGACUCCUUGCGAAACCAGGGCGAGCCCCGGGAACGGCCUGGAGGAGGCGCUGUGGUUGCAGGAAGUCUCCAAUCUCUCCGAGUGGCUGAGUCCCGGCCCAGGGCCCUGAGCCCGGCUUCCCCGUGCGUCCACGCCAGACCCGCGGUCGCGGGAGUUGCAUUGUCUGCG